CGUUGGUCUCUUUCCCUCAACUUAUAUUUACCCUUCAAAACAAACGGAGAGUUGUAUAAGAACGCACAUUCUUGAGAUAAACAUUAUCAAUAAGAUGUCAGAGGGAGGAGAUGAUUUAGGCACAACCAACGGUACUCUACAGAGACACAUCAACACACAGGCUGGUAAAACACGUCAUAAAUGUGAUGUUUGUGGUAGAGAAUUCAGUCUAAGUAGUCACUUAAAGAGACACAUGAGAACACAUACUGGUGAAAAAACGUAUAAAUGUGAUGUUUGUGCUAAAGAAUUUAGUAAUGGUAGUCACUUAAAGCAACAUAUAAGAACGCAUACGGGUGAAAAACCAUAUAGAUGUGAUCUUUGUGCUAGAGAAUUUAGUCAAACAGGUCACUUAAAGACACACUUGAAAACACAUACUGGUAUAAAACUUCAUGAUUGUGAUGUCUGUUUUAGAAAAUUUAGAGAAAGAGGAGACUUAAAAAAACAUAUGAGAACACAUACUGGGGAAAAACCUUAUAAAUGUGAUCUCUGUGCUAGAGAAUUUUGUCAACGAGGUCAGUUAAAGAUUCACUUGAGAACACAUACUGGGGAAAAACCUUAUAAAUGUGAUGUAUGUGUUAGAGAAUUUUCACAAGGAAAUCAGCUUAAGGUGCACAUGAUUACACAUACUGGAGAAAAACCUCACAACUGUCAUUUAUGUGGUAAACGGUUUAAUUAUCUUAGAAGUUUACAGAGUCACAUGAGAACUCAUACAGGCGAUACACCUUUUGACUGUGAUAUAUGUGGUAAAGGGUUUAAUCAUGUUGGGAGUUUACAGAGGCAUCUGAUAAUACAUACAGGUGUUAAACCCCAUACCUGUGAUGUUUGUGGUAAAGCGUUUAAUCAGCUUGCUUAUUUACAGAGUCACAUGAGAAUACAUACAGGUGGUAAACCUCAUGAAUGUGAUGUUUGUGGGAAAGGGUUUAGUCAACAUAAAAGUUUACAGAGACACACGAGAACACAUACAGGGGAUAAACCUUACAAAUGUGUUGAAUGUGGUAAAGGGUUGGCCUAUUCCAGUGAAUUACAGCGACACAUGAGAAUACAUACAGGUGUUAAACCCCAUAACUGCGAUGUGUGUGGCAAAGCGUUUAAUCAGCUUGUUAAUUUUCAGAGUCACAUGAGAACACAUACAGGUGAUACACCUUAUAUAUGUGAUGUAUGUGGUAAACGGUUUAGUCAGCAUAGAAGUUUACAGAGUCACACGAGAACACAUACAGGGGAUAAACCUUACAACUGUGAUGUUUGUGGUAAAGCGUUUAAUCAGCAAUCUCAUUUACGAGUUCACAUAAGAAUACAUACAGGCGACAGACCUCAUGACUGUAAUGUUUGUGGUAAAGCGUUUAAUCAGAAAUCUCAUUUACAAGUUCACAUGAGAAUACAUACAGGUGAUAAAUCUUAUGUCUGUGAUGUUUGUAGUAAAGCGUUUAGUCGGCUUGGUAAUUUACGUAGACACAUGGAAACACACACAUGAAUGAUACACCUCAUGAUUGUGAUGUAUGUGGUAGAGUGUUUGGUCAGCUUUGAAAUUUACAGACUCGCAUGAGAAUACAUACAGGUUAUUUACUUAUUAACCAUAUGACUGUCAUCGGGGCUGUGCUGCAUGUGGUACCGUAUAGUGUUUGAUCAGGUUGGUACCUCACAGAAACACAUGAGAACACAUACAGGGGAUAAACCUUAUGACUGUAAUGCAUGUUGUAAACGGGUUAGUCGGCUUGGUAGGUUACAGAAACACAUGAGAAUACCUACUGAGGAAAAAGCUUUUACCACUCACAAUGAGAUGUUUGUCGUUGAGGUUCAGUGUGAGUGAUAUUAACAUAGACACACGAGAACACAUACUAGUCAAAUCAAGGAAAAUCUAAUUUGGUAUCAAAUUUCAUGACUUUAGACUUGCAGAGAACGCAUGCUUGCAGCAAACAUCACAAAUAUGACGUACAUGCUGUAUUUACAUGUUGUUACCAAAUGAAUGUUAUUUUGUUGUUUAAGGAUCAUAAAGUUCAUCUGUGAUGUAUCUAUAUAAAAACAUUAAAUGUGGUAUGACAAUGGCAUGAAUGUAUGACAAAUGUAUGAGAGUUCAUUCGGGUAUUAAACUUUUUAUAACAUUUAUUGUAAUAUGACAAUGUCAUGUAUGUGUGAGCGUUAAUUUGGGUAUUAAACUUUUUUUAUUUUAAAACAUUAAUUGUACAUGUAAUAUGACAAUGUCAUGAAUAUA